CCAAGAGGUUGGGGAGACGAGCCUAGCAGGGAGCCCCAAUGAGCCACACUUCCCCACCACCCCCAAAACACAAGGGGGAGCACAAAGGCAGAGGUCUCCCCCGGGGCUCAGAAAGGGGCAGCUCCUCCCGGGACAAGGACCGCAGUGCUACCAUCAGCGGCUCUGUGUCCAUGCCUGCUGGAGGGAAGGGAAGCCGGCCCAGCGGCCCUAACAACACAGCCCAGAAGGUCCCCAACCGCCUGAUCAGUGAGAAGUCCCCGUACCUCCUGCAGCAUGCCUACAACCCUGUGGACUGGUACCCCUGGGGACAGGAAGCCUUUGACAAGGCCAAGAAAGAAAACAAGCCUAUCUUCCUCUCAGUGGGGUAUUCCACCUGCCACUGGUGCCACAUGAUGGCGGAGGAGACCUUCCAGAAUGAGGAGAUAGGCCGCCUGCUCGGUGAGGACUUCGUCAGCGUGAAGGUGGACCGCGAGGAACGGCCAGACGUGGACAAAGUGUACAUGACCUUCGUGCAGGCCACCAGCAGCGGUGGGGGCUGGCCCAUGAACGUGUGGCUCACCCCAAGCCUCCAGCCCUUUGUGGGGGGCACCUACUUCCCCCCCGAGGACGGCCUGACCCGUGUGGGCUUCCGCACCGUGUUGCUGAGGAUCCGGGAGCAGUGGAAGCAGAACAAGAACUCCCUGCUAGAGAGCAGCCAGCGAGUCACCACUGCCCUGCUGGCCCGCUCGGAGAUCAGCAUGGGCGACCGCCAGGUGCCGCCCUCAGCCUCCACCAUGAACAGCCGCUGCUUUCAGCAGCUGGAUGAGGGCUACGACGAGGAGCACGGUGGCUUCGCGGAGGCCCCUAAGUUCCCCACCCCAGUGAUCCUCAGCUUCCUGUUCUCCUACUGGCUUGGCCACCGGCUGACCCAGGAUGGCUCUCGGGCCCAGCAGAUGGCCUUGCACACCCUGAAAAUGAUGGCCAACGGGGGCAUCCGGGACCAUGUGGGGCAGGGCUUCCACCGCUACUCCACCGACCGCCAGUGGCACAUCCCCCACUUUGAGAAGAUGCUCUACGAUCAGGCGCAGCUUGCCGUGUCCUACUCGCAGGCCUUCCAGAUCUCCGGGGAUGAAUUCUACUCUGAAGUCGCCAAAGGCAUCCUGCAAUAUGUGGGCCGUAGUCUGAGCCACCGGUCUGGUGGCUUCUACAGUGCUGAGGAUGCAGACUCACCCCCGGAGCGGGGCAUGAAGCCCAGGGAGGGUGCUUUCUACGUGUGGACGUCCAAGGAGGUCCAGCGUCUCCUUCCCGAGUCUGUGGCAGGCGCCACAGAGCCUCUGACCACGGGCCAGCUACUCACCAAGCACUACGGACUCACAGAGGCCGGCAACAUCAACUCAUGUCAGGACCCCAAGGGGGAGAUGCAGGGCCAGAAUGUGCUGACUGUGCGCUACUCCUUGGAGCUGACCGCUGCCCGCUUUGGCCUGGAGGUUGAGGCCGUGCAGAGUCUGCUCACAGCAGGGCUCGACAAGCUCUUCCAGGCCCGGAAGCAGCGGCCAAAGCCACACCUGGACAACAAGAUGCUGGCUGCUUGGAAUGGCCUGAUGGUUUCUGGCUAUGCUGUGACUGGGGCUAUCCUGGGCAUAGACAGGCUGGUCCACUGUGCCACCAAUGGUGCCAAGUUCCUCAAGCGGCACAUGUUCGAUGUGGCCACGGGCCGCCUGAAGCGGACUUGCUAUGCUGGCACCGGGACCACCGUGGAGCACAGCGAGCCACCCUGCUGGGGCUUCCUGGAGGACUAUGCCUUCGUAGUGCGGGGCCUGCUGGACUUGUACGAGGCCUCGCAGGAGAGCGCGUGGCUGGAGUGGGCCUUGCGGCUGCAGGACACGCAGGACAGGCUCUUCUGGGACUCCCAGGGUGGUGGCUACUUCUGCAGUGAGGCUGAGCUGGGGGCCGGCCUGCCUCUGCGAGUCAAGGACGACCAGGAUGGAGCAGAGCCCAGCGCCAACUCGGUGGCGGCCCACAACCUGCUGCGGCUGCACGGCUUCACCGGCCUCAAGGACUGGCUGGACAAGUGCGCGUGCCUGCUCACCGCCUUCUCCGAGCGCAUGCGCAGAGUGCCCGUGGCGCUGCCGGAGAUGGUCUGUGCUCUCUCUGCCCACCAGCAGGGCCUCAAGCAGAUUGUGAUCUGCGGAGAACCCCAGGCCAAGGACACCAGGGCUCUGCUGCAGUGUGUGCACUCCCUCUACCUCCCCAACAAGGUGCUGAUUCUGGCUGACGGGGACCCCUCGAGCUUCCUAUCCCGCCAGCUGCCCUUCCUAAACACUCUGCGGCGGCUGGAGGACCGGGCCACCGCCUAUGUGUACGAGAGCCAGGCCUGCUCCAUGCCCAUCACGGAGCCCUCUGAGUUACGGAAACGGCUUGUCCAGUGACUCACAGCCCCAGGCCUGGGGCAGAAGGCCAGGCUUCCCAGCACACUCAGGCCCCACAGGGCCGAGCAGAACCUGUGGCCACCAGGUGACCUUGGCCCUUGUCUCUGCUCCCCAUGGGCACCCAUGCACUCUGG